CAAGCGUACAAACGCGUGAGACUCGUUGUUCAAAAAGGAGAAUCUCAAGCCUCCCAAGCGUGAAAGUUUUGAAAAUCGUGUUCUCCUCCAUAGUAGGUUCAGUUCAGUUCACUGGCAUAGCACACUUUCCACACUCGGUGACUGAACGUCGACGGUAGGUCCUCCUCCGGCCGCAAAUGAUGAAGAGGUGUGCAAGUUGAAAGGUUGUUCGUGUGCGGCUCGCUAAGGGACGGAGACAAGAACUGUACGAGCGUUUGGCCUGUACGGUACGAGUGAUCUCUUGCACCAUGGAGUCCGACAAAGUGAUUCCAGUGCGGGUUGCUGUGCGGUGCCGGCCGCUUGUGUCCAAAGAAUUGAUAGAGGGCUGCCAAGCCUGUGCUCGGACAUGUCCGAGCAAUCAGAGUAUUGUACUUGGUGGAGACAAAACGUUCUCUUAUGACUACGUUUUUGGAGUGGAGUCAAGCCAAGUGCAAAUAUACGAUGCAUGUGUGUCUAAGCUGCUGCCUAAAGUAUUUGAAGGCUUCAACGUCACCAUCCUCGCGUACGGCCAGACCGGAUCUGGCAAAACAUUUACAAUGGGCACGUGCUGCUCAUCAAAUUGUGCCAGGUCCGAAGAUGCUGGCAUCAUCCCGAGGGCAGUCCAAGAUAUCUUUAAGCACAUCUCGGCGAACACGGAGAAAAUCUUCCUUGUGAGAGCGUCUUUCCUCGAGAUAUACAAAGAAGACGUGUUUGACCUGUUCUCUAAAAAUCAAGACCGAGAAUCGCUGCAAAUUCGAGAAGACCAGAAUGGUGCCAUAAAGAUUUUCAACUUGACGGAGCUGAACGUGACCACUCCCGAGGAGACAAUCCGUCUUCUGGAGGUUGGCUCUGCAAGUCGAAGCACCGCCUCGACCAACAUGAACGCGCGCUCAUCUCGUUCGCACGCAAUCUUCACACUGACUGUGGAGCAGCAGGAGAAGUCCAGUGGUGGUGCCAUAAUGGUGGCGAAAUUCCAUCUGGUUGACCUCGCUGGCUCGGAAAGGGCUGGAAAGACCAAAGCAGUUGGCGAAAGGCUCAAAGAAGGCAUCACCAUCAAUCAAGGCCUACUGUCGCUUGGAAAUGUCAUCAGUGCCCUCUGUGAUGGCAAUUCGCAUGUGCCGUAUCGGAAUUCAAAGCUGACACGUCUGCUGCAGGAUUCCUUGGGAGGCAACAGCCACACUGUGAUGAUUGCCUGCGUUAGCCCAGCAGAUAGUAACUUGGAGGAAACCUUGAACACCCUGCGGUAUGCAGACCGGGCAAGGAAGAUAAAGAAUAAGCCUAUUGUGAACAUCGAUCCAGUGCAGGCUGAGGUUGCUCAGCUUCGUCAGCAGCUCCAGGAAGCAAGGAUUGAGCUGAUGAGAUGCCGGACGCUGCAAGGUGACGGAGGAGACCAGCCCAGAGGCGACGAGGCCGGGGGAGAUGGUGGUGAAUCUAAGAAAGACCUGGCAUUGGUGCUGUCACGCAACGCAGAACUCGAGAACGAAAAUCAGCGUUUGAGCGGGGAGCUUCACCGUGCACUUGACCAGCUUGGCGAGAACUCUGAACGGCUCAUCAUUACUGAGCUUGAGGUCCAGAAGCUGAAGGAGCUUGUUACUCAACUGUCCGAAAAGAUAGACGGCAGUCACCUUGGUGAAGCUGAUGGUGAUCACGCAACCAGCCUCCUGAGGGACCUUCAAAACUCCAUAAUGGAGUUCUCGGCUGGUGAACAGAAAAGGCGCAAGCUGAGUGAGUCACUUUUCAAGGUUGACAAGCCACCUGCAGAAGAUGACAGGGAGAUGACGACCAUCGAGGAGGAAAGUUCAGAUACAUCUCUUGGCGAGAGCACCGUGAAGGGUGCUGCUGAACAGUUGCAGAAGACGUUCCUGCUCAAUCAGUCGCGUCUGGAGGCGACUAUGCGACGUGCCGCGCUGAGCAAAGAGCUUGAUGAUCUCAACCGAGUGCUCCAAGCCAAGGAGGAGCUCGCCAGCAAGAUGUCCAUGAAUGACCAGCACCUUGAGGUCGUGAAGCUGCAGUAUGAGGCAACCAAGCGUGAUCUUGAGCAUGAGAUAGCUGCUCUCAAGAAAGAACGUGAUGACCUCUCUGCCAUCCUAUCAAGCCAGCAAAACACUAAAAGUGCGGCUGGGAACAAGGUAGCAGAGCAACGACGCAAGCGCAUUCAAGAGCUGGAAGAUCGCGUCAGCCAACUGCACAAGAAGGUUGAGGAGCAGUCCCGUAUGAUCAGACUCAAGGAGGAUGCGGAACGCAGUGCCAAGAAGCUCCAGCAGGAGAUCACGAACAUGAAGCAGGCGCGGGUGCAGCUCAUGAAGCGUAUGAAGGAGGAGUCGGAACGCCACCGGAGGCAGCAGACAGAGCGCAACCGUGAGGUUCGGGCCCUGAAGGUGCGCGAGCAGCAGCAGUCGGUACAGAUGGCACGCAUGGCGCGCCAAAAUGAGCUGCGCAUCAAUGUGCUGCAACGGCGUGUGGAGGAGGCCCUGGCGGCCAAGAACCGCCUCGAGGCCGCUCAGCGUCGCCGCCUGGAGAAUCGUGCCAAUGGCCACGGCUUUGACAGCAUGGCAGCACGUGUCAAGAGCUGGCUGCGAAGCGAGCUUCUUGUUGUGUCCGAGAGCAAGAAGCUGGAGCAACACCUGACUUCGCUCAUCGAGGAGCGCAAGGCCAUUGCCAUCGAAACCCACAUGGUCGAGAAGCAGCUGAAGGACCCCGACAUGGCUGAACACGAGGCCGAAUGCAAUGCACGUCUCCAAGAGCUGAAGCGCUCGCUGCAAGAGCACAAUGACAAGAUUGCUGAAAUCCAGCGAAAAAUCCUGGAUGUGGAGCCUGAGCGACAUAUAAAGAACCUUGCCUCAAAUGUGACGGACAUCGUCGAGAGCAGGGUUAUUGCAACGAGCCUCUUCGAAAUGCUUGUGUCCGAGAACAUGACUGCUUACAUGGUGACGUCAAAGUUGAGCGAGAAGGAGCGGGCACUGGACGAGCGCCAAAAGCAGAUCGAGCGACUGGAGGCCAUGGUGCAGCAGAUGGAAAGGGACUUCGACAUGAGGCUAACCGACCUCAACAAGCAACACCAGGAAGAGAAACUCGUCCUGCUCAAGCACUCCGCCAACACAACGCUCCAAUCGAAUCCAGAUAUGGAUGCUUCUCUCGUGGAGAAACUGCAAAGCCAGGUCCUGGAACUGUCUAGGUUGCAAUAUGUCCAUGACGAGCUGAAGAGAAAGACUGAAGAAGUGGAGACCUUGGAAAGGGCACUCGCAAACGUCAAAGGCAGCCGCGUCGAGUUCUUCGAAGACAUCAGUUCUGCCAAAAAGAUCAACAAGCGGAAGCCUCUAGCCACGAAAACGGGCAUCAAGCCACAAGUCCUCACUUUCCAAGACCUGGAGUCGAGCAUCGAGAGCGAACACUACAGCGAUGUUGAAAACGACCCGGACUGGUGUCUCAGCAGUGAACUGCGCCAGGCCAGCCGCAAGCGGAAGUCGCAGGAGGAGGAGAAGCCUAAAUCCAUGAAGCGCUCUACAUCGGCGGCUGCCUGCAAGUGCCGAGGACUGUGCCGCUCGGGACGCUGUGGAUGUUCCAGGAAGCAGAGGAGCUGCUCCUCCCUGUGCUCCUGCAAGGGGGAGUGUCCCGUGGCGCAGCACCCCGAAUCCGAUUUGGCCAUUCCAGAGGACACACUGACCGAAAGCUUGCCACAAAAGCAGCUCUCUCUUAGAAGCAAACAGUGACGUGACACAUUGUGUACAUAUUAUAUAUUUAUAUGCGUCUGUACGAACUUUUCAUGAAUUGGAUGACGUAAAUUUGUGUGGCCGCUCUACAUCUUUCUUUUACCGCCUCUGAAGGAACACAGCUAGCGCUCUCUCGUAAUGAACUCGCUGUUUUAAUUUUGACCAUUUCAAUGUCUCCACUCAUUUUAAGUGUUUUAAUUUCAUAAUUAUUGUCACUUUCUACUUCAUUCAUCACAUUGCUCUGUGUCUGACAACUCAACCCUAUGAUGUGUUUUGUGACAAACAUUUGACAGCCACCAAGACAGCAUGGCAGUGACAUCCAGAAGGUAACUUUAAUCUACAAGUGUCAUAGUGAACUGAGGGGCACUACAGUGGUUGAGGCCUGCACAGGAACUGUUGGCAUCUUAUGUCCCUUCUAUAAUUCAUUCAGCUGCAUGGAUUAGGUUCGAUCCAUGCAGCGUUUUUCAGAGGAAGGCAGGUGCUGGGACAAGUAAACCAUCUAAUAUUCGUCUUCUGUGCCGUGCAUGCCUGUACAUGUUGCGUGUGUGUGUGGAGAGUGACCAUUGUUGGCUUACGUGGAGGUACUUCCAAAACACAAGUUACACAACCUGCCAAAAAUAUGUGUGGGCACAUUGUCCUUUUAUGCCUUGGAUGGCGUCUUCUUGGGGCUUCUUUUUAGCGAUUAAUAUGUGGAUGUACAAAUGAAUAAAUGUGUUCAGAAAUUCAAAA